GUACGAUACGAGGUGAGGUAUACAGAUGGAUGGAGGAUGGUAAGUCAUCGAUCUAUAUACGGCCUUUGUUGUCUUUGCCAGGCUGCAAUUGUACAAUUGACGCUCUAGAUAUAGCCCAGCGGUUUCAAUAAUGGCUUUUAUAAACACACUAUACUACAAAUAUCCAUGCCCUACCCUACUUACCCUGCUCGUAUUCAACAAAAGCUGCCCUGAGAGUGAAAGGAUCACCGUGGACCACAGUUGUUCCACCUCCGAUUUAAUUUAGUAACGAAGGAGUCGCAAAACAUUUCGUCCAAUGAGAUGACACUAUACAACGGAGGUAGGUAAGCAGGCAAGGCGGGAGGAGCUGUUCACACUGUUCCACUCAGCCUUGGGCGGAUGAAAUGGAUCAUCUCGAGUCAGCCACCAGGUGGUCUCCCCUUUUUUCGACCUCACCUCCCCACAUUUCUUCCUCAGGAUUGUGAAUUUGGAGGGUCCUGGAAUCUUGGAAUCUUGGAACUUGGAUUACAGUCCAUUUGUCCUCGAGAAGGUCGGUUUUCCAUCUUCUGUAACCCCUCGCCCCUUGCCUGGUCGACGACGAUAAUAUAUAUACCCGGUGAUCGACGCGAUUCGAACACCCCUGCUCUCACGAUGGUGUCGAGGAUGGAGCUCACCCAGUCGCGGAUUCGCUAUCUAUUAGUCGGCGCGUUCAUUACAGCAUUCCUCCUCUUCCUCGCCAAUACCUCCUCUGUUCGAUCGCAUCCUGCAUUCGACAAACCGUGGGGACCUGGGGGAGAGCAUCCAGGACAUAACCCGCAUCAUGGCCACAAGCCGGAUGAACCACCAAGGCCACCAGGACCACCGAAGCCCCCAAAGCCCCCAGGGCCACCAACGCCACCGAAACCCCCAGCACCACCAGUUGUGGCAGACUCGAAGCCCGAAUCGACUACAAGCGCUGCGCCGAAAGAGACCAAUGCCGUUGCGCCCGCUGCGCCUGCGAAGACGGAAUUAAAAGACGAAACCAAAUACCUCUCCAUCGCUGAAGCCCAGCAGUUCUGUGAGUUCAGGCGCUUCGAGCCGUGGGCAAACCGCGAUAAGAAGCGAAAGAUCUAUGAUCUCGUAUUGAUCAACCGCGAGCUUGAGUGGCUGGAUAUCCGUUUGGGACAGAUGUAUAGCCAUGUCGACUAUUUCAUUAUAGUUGAAGCCGCGAAGACAUUCACCGAUGAGCCAAAGACGCUUUAUGUGGAGUCGAACUGGGAUAGAUACGCGCCUUACCACGACAAGAUGAUCCGCCAUACACUCACGGAUGAAGGGAUGGAAUUCAAGACGACAUGGGAACGCGAGACCUUCUCACGUAACGCCAUGGUCGACCAAGUCAUCCCCUUCCUCAAAGACGAGCAGAAAGUCGAAAUCGAUGACGUUAUCAUCAUCGCCGACGUCGACGAGAUCCCCCGCCCCGACACCCUAACAGCCAUGCGCAACUGCGCCAUCCCCGACGCCGUCACCCUCCGCAGCAGAAUGUACUACUACAGCUUCCAGUGGCUCCUCCGCGGCGAGGACUGGAUCCAUCCACAAGCCAUGCUCUGGAAGGGCAAGGACCAGACCAUGCCCGCUGACACGCUACGUAUGGGCUCCCACAAACAGCACCACAUGCAGAACGCGGCGUGGCACUGCAGUUACUGCCUCAAGUCGCUGUCGGAUAUGGUGAACAAGGUGACGAGCUUCUCGCAUGUUGAGUUCAAUAAACCCGAGUUUCGCGAUCCGGAGAAGAUCCUUAAUCGCGUGCGCCAUGGUCUCGACUUCUUUGAUCGUGAGGACUCGUUCUUUGACCGUGUUGAGGAUAAUAAGGAUAUACCCGAGUUCUUGAAGGAGCAUAGCGAUAAAUACGCGUUUGCGGUGAACCGCGAUCCGCCGAAUGGGAAUUUCCAGGAUUAAGCGUUGUCAUUUUUUGGUUUGGCGGGCUGGGAUAUGCUGCUGAUGCAUUACCAUUGGCAGGGGCACCUCGAACCAACCGAGGGCGCGCCUGUUGUAUUCUACGGGGGAAAGGGGGCGUUUUUUGGACACAAAAUAUUGUCAUAUAAUGGGUCAUCUAAUACUAGCGAGUUGGAUAUUUUUAUAUCAGGAGCCAGGCCAAAGGCUCGAGGCAGAUGAGGGAUGAGAAACGGAAUUGUUGGAUAGGAUAGGAUACUGGGAAUCUACGUAGAUACAAUAUAGCCUACAUUGGAUAUCAUCCUCGAUCUCUCUUGACAGGGACUAUUUGUGCCACAUGGGACAAGCUUCUGUUGUAAUUGGCAGCUGUUUUGUCUUGGUGGGACGUCCGUAGAAGCUCAUUACCCUCCUUCCUGAGAUGUUUCGGAUGAGGUAUCCAGUCGCCUGAUG